GACAACAAGGUUGUACUAUGUUCUAAAAAAAAAGAUGACGACCGACGACGCUGUUUCUUUCUUUCUUUAUUAAUUUCGACAUUUAUUUUUACUGGUAAUUUGUUUCUUUUUCUGGUAUCUUUUUUUCUCUUUCUUUGAGUUUGAGAUAAUAAUGAAGAAUUUGAGAGAGGGAAGGGAAGAGGAGGUGUCCCAAAUGACAAAUUAAUUUUCAAAUUCCAAUUCACCACAUAAAAGGAAAAGAAAAUUAUUGGGGGAAAGCACGAAACUGAAAACAGAUAAGAGAAGGGAAGGGAAUUAUGGAAGGCAGAGAAGAGAUUAAGGGAUCAAAACCCAGUUUUCCUUUAAGCUUUUGGGAGGUGACGAUGGCUUUUACGGUGGUGAUGGGUUUUGUUUUGGGGCUUGGGGGAGUUUAUUUAACCAUGCCCGCUUCUGAUUAUAGCUUCCUUAAAUUACCCAGAAGCCUUGAAGAUCUUCAUAUCCUCAGAGAUCACCUUGAAAUCUACACAAGUGACUACACCCUACAAGUCUUGGUGGGGUAUUGUGCAGUCUACAUUUUCAUGCAAACUUUCAUGAUUCCGGGAACUGUUUUCAUGUCAUUGCUCGCCGGAGCAUUGUUUGGAGUCUUGAAAGGUGUAGCUCUCGUUGUGAUCACUGCCACUGCUGGAGCUUCUUCAUGCUAUUUCCUGUCGAAAUUAGUUGGACGCCCCCUUGUCAUUUCCCUUUGGCCUGACAAGCUGAGCUUCUUCCAAGCUCAGGUGGCUCAAAGAAGAGAAAGCCUGUUGAACUAUAUGCUUUUCUUGAGGCUUACUCCAACUUUGCCGAACACAUUCAUUAAUGUUGCUUCGCCUAUUGUUGAUGUGCCUUACCAUAUUUUCUUCAUGGCAACUUUCAUUGGACUUAUUCCUGCUGCUUUCUUAACUGUCAGGGCAGGAAUAGCUCUCGGAGAAUUGCAAUCGGUAGGGGAUCUUUACGACUUCAACUCAAUUGCCACUCUUUUCCUUAUAGGGGUUGUCUCUGUCACGCCUACGCUAAUGAGCAAGCCCAAAUUAUAGCAUCCUAGCACCUGAGCUUUUGUAUAGGCUAGCAUCAAAUAAAUGCAAUGUGCUGCUGCUGCUUCUUGGGUUAACGGAAUCCGCAUCCAAUACCAAACAUGGUGAUUGGAUAAGGUUUUACUGUGUCAAUCAUCAAAUUCUUUGCCAUGCAUUGUAUUAUUUGCUUUAACCAUUCCCAGGUUAAGUCUGUAUAGGAAGAUGGAUAUAAGAAAAGUUGGGGGGAAGUUAUCUGUUUCAAUUUCUAAAAUUCAUUGUCAGUAAUAAUACUACUCUUCAGUGUCUGUACAGAUUGUAUAUCCAUUUUUAGAAGCUUAUCAUUAUCAGUGGACAUCUUGUCAAA